GGGAUUACCGGGACCUCCAGGUAAACCAGGGCAGCCCGGGAUGCGAGGACCGCGGGGACCUCCUGGACCACAUGGCAAGCCAGGUCGACCCGGUCCUACAGGACUGAAGGGGAAGAAGGGAGACCCCGGACUCUCUCCUGGAAAAGCACCAAAAGGAGAUAAAGGAGAUGUUGGUCUGCCCGGUCCUGUUGGUUUAGUCGGGGUGGAAGGCCGUAAGGGACAAAAAGGCCAUCCGGGACCACCAGGCCUUCCCGGGGAACCAGGAGAACAGGGUCCUGUUGGAGAAGCUGGAGCCAAAGGCUAUCCUGGCAGGCAGGGUUUACCUGGUCCAAUAGGGCCUGUUGGGCCGAAAGGUGCUCGGGGUUUCAUAGGAAUCCCAGGACUUUUCGGGUUACCUGGAGCUGAUGGUGAAAGAGGCAGUCCUGGUCCACCAGGGAAGAGGGGCAAGAUGGGUAGGCCGGGUUUUCCUGGUGAUUUCGGGGAGCGAGGGCCGCCAGGACUGGAUGGGGAACCAGGAGUUAUUGGAGCUCCUGGUCCUCCUGGUGUCCUCGGCUUGAUUGGUGAUAUGGGCCCCGCUGGGACAGUCGGUGUACCAGGACUAAAUGGGCUGAAAGGCGUCCCGGGGAACAUGGGCGAGUCCGGACUGAAAGGUGAUAAGGGUGACGUUGGGCUUCCUGGAGAACAAGGAGAGAUUGGCUUCCAAGGAGACAAGGGUGUGCAGGGUUUACCGGGACUACCAGGACCUCGUGGAAAACCAGGACCACAGGGCAAGACAGGAGAAAUAGGGCCCAGUGGAUUACCAGGCCCACCAGGACCUGAGGGUUUUCCUGGCGAUAUUGGUAAACCGGGUCUCAAUGGACCUGAGGGGCCAAAGGGUAAACCUGGAGCCAGAGGUUUACCGGGACCUCGUGGAGCCGCUGGACGAGAGGGUGACGAGGGUCCUCUAGGACCACCGGGACCAUUCGGACUCGAGGGUCAGAUGGGCAGUAAGGGUUUCCCUGGGGCUCUUGGACUUGAAGGGGUCAAAGGUGAACAGGGAGUCACAGGGAAAGCUGGACCCAUGGGUGAGAGGGGUCUCGUUGGCUUUAUCGGUCCUGGAGGAGAGGCUGGACUCGCUGGAGAAAAAGGUGAUCGCGGAGAGAUGGGUUUGCCGGGACCUCCAGGAGAGAAAGGAUCUACGGGUCACCCAGGAACCCCGGGAGAAGGCGGCCCACCAGGACCACCAGGCAGUUCAGGCUCACCGGGAUCACGUGGACCCAUCGGCAUAAGAGGACCUAAAGGAAGACGGGGUCCUAGAGGUCCAGAUGGGGUGCCAGGUGAGAUUGGCACUGAAGGCAAAAAGGGUCCUGAUGGUCCUCCUGGAAAAAUUGGUUUCCCUGGACACGCGGGAAAGAUCGGCGAGUCUGGGGAGGUGGGGCCAAAGGGAUUUCCGGGGAUUCAAGGGCCAUCCGGGGCUACAGGAGACAAAGGAAUCGCAGGGGAGCCAGGACCGUCAGGACCUCCAGGAACACUCGGGCCUCAAGGAAAUCCCGGACCAAAGGGCCCUGCAGGAAAAGUUGGUGAUUCUGGACUUCCAGGAGAACCUGGAGAAAAGGGGUCAAUCGGGCUUGCAGGGAAUGCUGGGGCUGCAGGACUUAUCGGAGCAAGGGGAGAACCAGGUUUAGAGGGAGAGGCUGGUCCCGCUGGUCCUGAUGGCACAAAGGGUGAAAAGGGUGACAUGGGCACAGAAGGUGAGCAGGGGGUCAGAGGUGACCCUGGAAUUAAGGGGAAAGACGGGCCACCGGGCGACCCUGGACUUACUGGAGUCAGAGGUCCUGAAGGAAAAUCUGGUAAAAGUGGCGAGAGAGGGAAACCAGGGCUUAAGGGUGCCAAAGGUAACAUCGGUCAUCUGGGCGAGACGGGAAGUGUGGGAAAGAUCGGGCCAAUCGGAACCACUGGACCAAAGGGCUCUCGAGGAACUAUCGGACAUGCGGGUGCUCCUGGGCGUAUGGGCUUGCAGGGCGAUCCAGGUAUAUCAGGAUAUGAGGGUCACAAAGGACCUCAAGGUCCAAUUGGACCCCCGGGACCAAAGGGUGCAAAGGGUGAACAGGGGGAUGAUGGGAAGGUGGAGGGUCCAACCGGUGCACCGGGUCUCAGAGGUCCCGUUGGAAAGCGGGGAGACAGGGGUGAGCCAGGAGACCCAGGAUAUGUGGGUCAGCAAGGUAUUGAUGGUUUACGUGGAAAACCUGGAGCUCCUGGACUGCCUGGCGAUCCUGGUCCACGUGGAACACAAGGCCCUAAGGGAUCCAAAGGAGAACAGGGUCAGAAGGGUAAACAGGGUCAGCAGGGAGAGCGUGGCAGCAGAGGAUCACCGGGUGUUGUUGGGUUGCCAGGUCCUCGAGGUACUGUGGGACGAGAAGGACGAGAGGGUUUUCCUGGUACAGAUGGACUUGCUGGAAAGGAUGGAAGCAGAGGAACACCUGGCGAUCAGGGAGAUGAUGGAGAGUUCGGUUUGCCUGGUAAACCUGGUGCACCUGGAAAAGUUGGCGUCAUCGGUUUACCAGGCCCACAGGGGUCAUUCGGUCCAAAGGGUGAGCGAGGUCUCCCUGGUCACCCCGGCCCUUCAGGAAAGAGAGGAUUUAAGGGAGGAAUGGGUCUUCCUGGACCUCAGGGAGACCGGGGAUCUAAAGGCCAACCUGGUGACAUCGGGGAACCCGGCUUUCCAGGAAUGCUGGGAAUGUUUGGACCAAAGGGGCCUCCUGGAGACUUUGGACCAAAGGGGAUUCUGGGACCCAAAGGACCCCAAGGCAACAUGGGCAGAGGUGGUUUAGCUGGACCUGUCGGUGUGAUCGGCCCUAUUGGUAAUCCAGGCUCAAGAGGAGAGACAGGCAACAAAGGAGAGCUGGGUGUUCAGGGUCCUCGAGGUGCUCCUGGACCACGUGGACCUCCUGGACCUCCGGGCCCUCCGGGAAUCCCGCUGGCCAUGAAUCAGGAUUUUGGUCUCGGUGUAGUUCAGCCAGUUUUCAGAGAGACUCAUACACAGAAAAUUGAGGGUCGGGGUCUACUGGACAUGCCCAUGUUGGAUCAGGCUCCAGAGAUCCUGCGAACGCUUGAUUAUCUGAGCUCUCUAGUGCACAGCCUGAAGAACCCACUGGGCACACGAGACCAUCCCGCUCGACUCUGCAGAGACCUGCAUGACUGCCGGGACACGCUUUACGAUGGCACUUACUGGAUCGACCCAAACCUGGGCUGCUCCUCAGACUCUAUAGAAGUGAUGUGUAAUUUCAGCAGUGGCGGACGCACGUGUCUCAGACCCAUCACCACGGCGAAGCUGGAGUUCAGUGUUGGACGGGUUCAGAUGAACUUCCUGCACCUGCUGAGCGCCGGAGCGGAGCAACGAAUCACUAUCCACUGCUUGAACGUGACUAUCUGGAGCCACGCCCCCAACCAGCCUCCUUCCCAAAAUGCAGUUCAGUUCCACUCAUGGACCGGAGAGGUGCUGGAGCCGGAUGUGUUGGAGGACACCUGCUGGCAAUUGAACGGGCGCUGGCAGCACGCCGACUUCCUGUUCCGGGUGUUGGACCCUGCCUUACUCCCUGUCGUACGCAUAAGCAAUCUCCCAAAGGUGAUGCCCUCAUCACGCUUUCACCUUGAAGUCGGACCUGUGUGCUUCCUGUAG